GCGGUCCGUGUGGUUUGAGCUCAGGAUCUCAGGACAGGAACAUGUGAGCAGGGAAUGCGCGACUGGAAACAGGAUUAUUGUUCUACACGGCAAAGAGACGCAUGAGGGGCCGCGGACAGGAGAGAAACGUGGACGCUGGGACAAAUCAGAGGAUAAACUAUUUUUCAUUUUCUAAUCGGGGGGAAUAUUUGGCCAAAGAUGAACACCAUCGUGUUUAACAAACUGAGCAGCCAGGUCCUGUUUGAGGAGAAGGCGAAAGAGGUGGAGAUGAGCAGCAGAAAUUAUCUAGAAGUCAUCGACGGUCAACAUCCAGACCUCCUUUCCAGCAACCAGACGAUCAGAGACAACCAGGCCAUGAGACACAGGAGGAGCGGCGGUCGUCCCAGCGGCGGUAAAGUACGACACAAGCGCCAGGCCCUGCAGGACAUGGCGCGGCCGCUCAAGCAGUGGCUCUACAAGCACCGAGACAACCCCUACCCUACCAAGACGGAGAAAAUCCUGCUGGCCCUCGGCUCGCAAAUGACCCUGGUCCAGGUGUCCAACUGGUUUGCCAAUGCCAGGAGGCGAUUGAAGAACACGGUGAGGCAGCCGGACCUGAGCUGGGCGCUCAGGAUCAAGCUCUACAACAAGUAUGUCCAGGGCAACGCAGAGAGGCUGAGCGUCAGCAGCGAGGACAGCUGCUCAGACGAUGGGGACAACCCUCAGAGGUCACAGAACGGCCCCGAGGAGCUCCACAAGCCCAUGUACCAGAGCGUGAUCAAGAAGGAGGGCUCCUCCAUGGUGGGCAUGGCCAUGGGUAUGAGCAUGGGCAUGGGAGCGGGGCUGCGCUCGGCCGCCUCGCUGGCUGAGGACUAUGUGUCUCCGCCCAAGUACAAGAGCAGCCUGCUGCACCGUUACCUGAACGACUCGCUGCGCCACGUCAUGGUGGCUAACGCCGUCAUGGACGCCCGCAAGAGGAACCACUCCGGCUCCUUCAGCUCCAAUGAGUAUGACGAUGAACUGCUCUCGCCGUCCUCCUCCGAGGCUGAGGCAAACUUUGUUUAUCGGGCUGAAACCACAGACCAUGGAUCAAGUAAAUAUGACAACGGCAACGGCGGCGGAGCUGUGCAGAAGGAGCGAGUGAAGGGCAAAGACGAGACGUACUGGAGAGAGAUCAACGCCGCCAUGGCCUUGACCAACUUGGCACAGGGGAAGGACGGCGCCUCCGGGACCACCAGCUGCAUCAUCCAGAAGUCCUCCCAUAUAGCAGAGAUCAAGACUGUUAAAGUGCCGCUGAUGCAGAAAUAUUAGCCUGACGUCAUCCUCCCAUCUCUCUAUGCAAACCAGCAGACAUUCCUGUUUCAGCCUACUCGCCACAUAAACUCCCAAGGAAGUGAAAAGAGAACUGUUUGUGUAGGGAGGGGUCUGUUUGAGGCGAGGAAGUGUGGAACAAAAACAUCAGAGAAACCAUCGUUUUUGGUUGUAAUUGGUGCCUGAAGUAGUGCAAAGGAGGCUUUGGCCAUCAUUUUCUAUGCUGGGUUGACAGACAAAUAUCGAGGAGUUUUUCUAAAGUAUUUCCUAAAAUAAGACACUUUUGAAAUGUUAACUUAUUUUUGAUGAGUCAGAUUUUUUUUUAUUUCUCCUUUUUAUGCUACGAAAAUUUGUGUUUUGACCAAAAGUGCCUUUGUUGUUUAGGCAAAUAACUGGCCCGACUGUGGUCAAUGAGGUGCCUCUUUGGGAUAUUUUACAAGGUUUAGAGUCACAGUCGUGAUUCAGGGAGCGUUUUUCUGAAUGGAAACUCCCCAUACACAGCAGCCUAGUGCCUUAAGGACUGAAUGAGCUCACCAUCUGAGGCACUGAACUCAAAUAGCACACACACAUACACGAACACAAACUCUCUUGAAUAAAUACCCGACAGUAAACCCCUGAA